AAGGGCUCGGGCACCGGGGACCCGGCCCCUUGUCUCGAGGAGUAGAGUGCCGUAGCCGGGAUGGGCGUGCGGGGCCCGGCGGGGCGCCCCCGGGCCCCCCGCCCCGAACAAAGAGAGGGGCGGAGCGGCCCCGCGCCCCGGCGGCCCUUGCGGUCGUCGCUUAGCAACGCCCCGCCCGCCCACCCGCCCCGCCGGCCCGGAGCUCGGCAGCCCGGCAGCCCGGCGGGGGGCAACGGGACCGGUCGGGAGGCGGCGGCGGCGGGGGCAGCGCCGCGGCGGGGCCGGGCCCGGAGCGCUGCGCCCGGGCCGCUGCAGGGAUGUGCCCGGAGAGCGCGGGGGGCCCGGGACAGGCCGCGGCGGGGAGCCCGGCAGUGCGGGGAGGGCGGCAGCAGCUGGGACAGGUGCUGGGGUGCAGCUUUGCCGGUGAGCCAUGGGGCAGGAGCAGAGAUUUUGAUGCCUCUCCCGGGAGUCCCUAGAGCCAUGACUGCAACUGUGCAGACGCUGCGGUUCAAGCUGCUGCCGCACGAGCCGGGCCAGGACUGGGGGCACAGCUGCCAGCAGGAAAUCGAGCGUCGUUACCAGGUGGUGCCCUCGGUGGUGUGCGCCAUGUGCUGCCUCUUCGGCAUCAUCUACUGCUUCUUUGGUUACCGUUGCUUCAAGGCUGUUAUGUUCCUGACAGGGUUGAUGUUCGGCUCCAUCAUCAUCUUCAUGCUGUGCUACAAGGAGCGGGUGCUAGACACGCAGCUGAGCGUGGAGGCCUCGGUGGGCAUUGGGCUGGGCAUCGGGGUCCUGUGUGGACUGGUCACCAUGCUGGUGCGCAGCGUUGGCCUCUUCAUGGUGGGGCUGCUCCUGGGGCUGCUGCUGGCAGUGGCCACGCUGGUGGUGAUGGAGCAGUUCUACCACCCGCCAACAGUGUGGAUCCCCAUUGCACUGCUCCUGGGUGUGGGGAUGCUCUUUGCCGUCCUCACCCUGCAAUGGCAGCGCUUCUUCACCACUCUUUCCACCGCCGUCUUCGGCAGCGCCAUCAUGACUGUCACUGUCGACUACUUCAUCGAGCUCUUCCUCCUGGUGCAGUAUAUCUAUGAGCGCAUCAAAGUGGCUCCUGCUCGCCCCGUGUGCUGGUACAGCUGGGUCAUCCUGGGCAUCUGGCCGCUCCUCACCACACUGGGUGUCCUGGUCCAGUGGAAGGUCACAGCUGAGGGCUACUCCCACACUGAAGUGAUCAUCAGCCGGCAGCAGCGCCGCGUGCAGCUGAUGCGCAUCAAGCAGCGGGAGGAUCGAAAAGAGAAAAAGAAGAAGCGGAGACCCCACCACCCGCCACCCCACCAGCACAAAGCCCACCCACCCGAGCCCGCCUACCGCCGCAAGCCCAAUCCUGUGCGCCGCUUCGAUGGGGACGUGCUCUCCCCCGUGAGUCCUGUGCCCAGGAGCUACAUCCAGAGUUUCCGAGAGCGGCAGACGGGGCCGUCCCUGAACAGCCUCAUUGCCAGCACCCACGCAGUGGUGGACCUGGACUAUGACUGCAGCUCCACUGUGCCCCUCACCACGGGCUCUGGCCCUGCCGUGCGGGUAUAAGCCAACCCAGUGACCUCGAGUGACACCAGCACCCCAGCCUGCUCCGACAGACCCCCUAGGACAGAUGGGGCUGUGCCCUUGGCCCCGGGGUGGCCACCUGCGCCUUGGGGCUGUGGAUAGAGACCCUUCCUGGGGACUUGCGGGACUUGUCUGGGUGAGCCCUGGCUGCCUGCGGGGUCUGGAGGUGCUGGGGGAGCCCUCCAGCAGGGACUCAGCCCAAGGACUGUGGACAUCAGCACCUAUGGACGCAUAGUGCAAGCAGCUCUACUGGGGCAGAGGGUUCCUGUGCCCCUACUGCCAUGUUUCCCUAUGGCCUGGGCACACUCAUCCUGCAUCCCAACAUCUCCCUCCCCAUGUUUGAGCCCCCCUUCCCCAAGAGCAGCUCCUUGUGCCUGUCCCCACCCCAUCGCACCUUCCCCAGCAACUCCCCAAGUGCCUGUGUCCCACAUCCCUUCCUCAAAGAGCAGAUCCACCAGCCCUUGCUUCUCCAGGGACUCCCCCAAGCAUGUGUGCCCUGUCCCACCCCGGCCCUGAGAUCAGCUUUCAGGCAGUGCUUCCCAAACCUGCCUCCUCAGAAGGUCCCCCUCCCCUAGACACCCACCCUGCCCCACAGAACUGCUUCUCUCCCCACUUUUUCCUGAGCUGGACCAAGGUGGUUCUGGGGCAGAGGCUGCCAGGGCCAGGCAGUUCCCGUGAAGUGGCUGUCCUGGGGUGAUGCCUUGUGCACCCCCCAAAGUGUUUUGAUGGGAGACAAGACACUGGAUCCAGCCUUUGGGCAGAGGCUGGGCUGCCUCAGGGAUGCAGGGACCCCCGUGGCAUCAGAAGCUGUCGCUGUUUUGCUGGCGACUGGAUUUUAUAGUGGCCAGGGGGAACGCUGAGGCUGGGCCAAGCCUCAGGACAGGGCAGGAGCCCCAGAGCGGUGCUACGGGCAGAGGCUCCCGUCUUGUAUAUAACUCUCUUGCUAUGAUUUGUAUUAAUUUAUUACAGAGUGAACCAGGAUUUCCCCUUGGCCAGGCGGGCAGGAUGGUGGUGAGACUGGACCAGGGUGCCCCCCUGCUUUGGGAGCCCCUCCUCAGCCCAGCCAGCCCCACUGCCCCAGGAAUUGCACGUUUCUGCCAGGUGCCCCCAUCUCUGCAGCGCCACGCUGCUGUCCCCCUUUUCAGUCUCUUUUGUAAAUGUGCCAAAUGCUGCUGAGGCCACAGCCACACAGUAAAGAGCCUUUCGGA